UUAUUUUUCAAAUUACUUUUAUUUCAAUGACUGAGAAUAUAUCUGUUGAUUCUUCGGUUAAUGGCACGCCAUCAAUUAAGAAACAUCAGGCAUUUUUAAACUGUCAAAAAAUGAUUAACCGUUAUGUUAUCACUCUUGGCCUUACACAAACAAAGAUUUUUGAAAAAUGCUGUGCUUCACCCGACGCUGAAAAUUUCGUGAAGGACGACUUUUUCAAUUUAAACAGAAUUGAUGAACAUUGUUCCUUGUGUGUUAAUUUUGCAAAAUCAUGUGAAAGGUGCUCCACUAGUCUCGAGGAAUUGAUCAAAGCUUGGGUAGAUCUGAUUCAAAGUUUACGGCAGAAUUAUAAUCCUAUAACUCGCGAAGCAAUUCAAGCAGGCCGUUUUCUCGUUCACUUCAUUAUUGGUUUUUGUUUACUCGAAGCAAAAUAUUAUGAGGCUAUUUAUUGUGCAUGGGAACAUUUAAAGUUUUGUAAUUUUGAGGAUGUAACUUGUAGGUUAGUGUGCUUCAUGUUUUCUUAUCGUUUGGAGGACUGGCAACUACUUGGAAUUUUCUUAGAGAAAGAAAAACCAAAUAUACGGAAGGCUCCAUUUACUGCUGGAUAUUUACUUAUUUUGGAAUGUUUUGACCUUGUCUAUCGCUUUCAUACAGAAACGAAUGCAGACAAACAGAUACUUAUAGCCGAUGAAGUACUCGCUAAGCUUGCUGAAGUUUGUAAAGAUGAUAGGAGAACUUUUCUUUACACUCAAUCAAAAUCAAUUCUUCGCUCUGUCCUCGUUCUUUCUAGUCGAUUACCAAAUUCUGAUAUAAAAAAGUAUAAUGAUCCAAUUUAUCAACGCGAAAUGGAAGUAUCGCAUGCCUCACUCAUAUUGCGUACUUAUGAUUCUGAUUAUUUUAGAGGGAACUUUUCACCGAUUCAAAACAAAAUGAAAUCACCUGAAGGAUUUUUAAAAUUUUGUAUGGCAUUUGUCGACUACAUGGAAAUCAGCAUUAGUUACUGUUGGGAUUGCUGGGAUGUUGGUUUACUUCGAGAAGCUGAGAGUUCUUCUAUUGCUUUGUGGCGAAACAAUUUAAUUUUCGGAAACGCUUAUUGGACUCUUCGUUCUUUAUCUUUUCUCUUCUUUUUAAAAUCUUCAAUUGCUUAUGAUUCUCAUGUGUUGGACAAACUAGCUCAAUGUCUUCAAGCAUUACUUACUCCAGCGACUUCCUCAUUUAAUCAUUAUUUGUCAACUCCCAAACGAAAUAUCAGACCUUCAGUCUUUCGUAGAGGUUCUGCUGUUGAUGACUCAUUUGAUCUGGAAACUAAUGCAUCUGAUAAUAAUUUUGAUGAUGAUCUACUUACUCAAGAGUUAUCUUCAAUGAAUAUUCAUAAAGGAGCAAAUAAAGAUAGGUUAAGUUUUAAUUUAUCUUUUAAAUACUUUUCAUGUUGA